GUGCAGCCGAGUUGAGCCAGCAGGGGGAUGAUGAGUUGUGGCAUGUAGCAACACAGCCCUUCUUCCUUCCUUCCUACCACCACCACCACCACCAACACCCCUCCUCUCCUCUCGCCCAGCUUCAAGCAGAAGUGCGGGCUCGCCACUUGCAAACCCUCACCGGGCGGCCAUGAGUGCCUUUUAGCGGGCGGUGACGGCGCCAUGAACUCGGAGGAGCAGACCGUGACGUGGUUGAUCUCGCUGGGGGUGCUCAGCUCCCCCAAGAAGAACGUCGCCGACCCGGAGGAGUUCCUGAAAGCCUCCCUGAAGGAUGGCACCGUCCUGUGCAGGCUGGCGGAGCGGCUGGUGCCAAACUUCUCCGCCAAGUACUGCUCGGAUCCCCGAAGCGAAGCUGACUGCAUCGGAAACAUUCGGGAGUUUUUACGAGGAUGUUCGUCCUUGAAAGUGGAGGGGUUUGAACCCGAGUGUUUGUACAGCGGGGAGAACUUCGCCAAAGUCUUGACCACUUUGCUGGCCGUCAACUUUGCCACACAAGACAGCGCUGCAGAGAGGUCAUGUCCACGGCCUCAUAGUCAGUCCACCUCCUCCGCCAAGUCCAAAGGCUCUCUGCGGCGCCAGUCCAAGCCAGCGGAGAUGUCUGAGAACGGGCAGCUGGUGGUGAAGGCCCGCUUCAACUUCAAGCAGAACAACGAGGACGAGCUGUCCUUCAACAAAGGGGACGUGAUCGUGGUGACGCGGCAGGAGGAAGGCGGCUGGUGGGAAGGCAGCCUGGGCGGGAAGAGCGGCUGGUUCCCCAGCAACUACGUGCGCGAGAUCAAGUCCUGCGAGAAGCCAUUGUCUCCUAAAGGAAGCCAGCUGACCAAAAGCUACUACAGCGUGGUGGUUCAGGACAUUUUGGAACACGAGCGAGAGUUUGUCAAAGAGCUGCAAACGCUGCUCACUUGCUACUUGCGACCGUUACAAGCCAGUGACAAGCUGAGCAGUGCAGACAGCGCCACCUUGUGUGGGAACCUGGAGGAGAUCCUCACCUUCCAGCAGGGCUUGUGUGCCUCCUUGGAGGAAUGCACCAAAGUCCCAGAGGGUCAGCAGCACCUGGCGGGAUGCUACCUGAACGUGUUGAGUCAGAUCAAGUCUCUGUACUUGGCCUACUGCUCCAGCCACCCGUCGGCGGUCUGCAUUCUCACUGACCACAGCGAGGAUCUUGACAAGUUGAUGGAGAGCCAAGGAGCCAGUCCUCCAGGUGUCCUGACCCUCACCAGCAGCCUCAGCAAGCCCUUCAUGAGGCUGGACAAAUACCCCACCCUGCUGCAGGAGCUGGAGAGACACGUGGAGGAAGGCCACCCGGACUUCCCAGACAUGGUCAAGGCGACUGCAGCAUUCAGGAGCUUAGUGGUGCAGUGUCAGGACCUGCGAAAGCGCAAGAACCUGGAGCUCCAGAUCUUGUCAGAAACGGUGCGCGGUUGGGACGGAGACAGCAUGAAGAGUCUGGGUCACGUGGUCUACAUGUCCCAGGUCCACUUGAGGAGCGGCUCCAGCGAGGACAAGGACGAGCGCUACUUGAUGCUUUUCCCCAACGUGCUGCUGAUGCUGUCCAGCAGUCCAAGGAUGAGCGGCUUCAUUUAUCAGGGAAGGCUGGCGUUGACGGGCACCACGGUGACGAGGCAUGCGGAGGACGCCGACGGUGCACACUAUGCCUUCGACAUCACAGGAAGCGUGACGGAGCGCGUCACCGUCUUCUGCAGCAGCGCGGGCGAGCUGCAGGAGUGGCUGGAGCACCUGCAGCCGUUUAGUAAAGGAGGCAGCCCCGCAGGCACCAUCUUGAAGAGCGUGGAGAGCAAGUCACUGAGCAUGGUGGGCGCCCCCACCCACUUGUCACACCUCGGCAGCUUCAGCGGCACCAGCCGUGGGCCCCUGGAACCGCCCAAAACCAGCAAGCCCUGGUCGCUCAGCUGCCUGCGCCCAGCGCCGCCCCUUAAGGCCUCCGCUGCCCUGGGCUACAAGGAGAGGAUGUCUUAUAUCAUGAAGGACUCCAGCAAGAGCCCACGGCCCAUCAAGAAGUUCCUGCCUGGAAACAGGAAGAAGGAGAGGAAGCCUUCUGAUGACGAGCUCCACACCAGGAAAAGCACGGUGGCUCUGGAGGAGGAUGCUCAGAUCCUGAGAGUGAUUGAGGCCUACUGCACAGGAGCCAGCCUGCACUCUGCUACCACAGCAGUACGUAAAGACUGCAGCCUUCAGGUUCUCCUUCCAGAGGAGGAGAAGAUCAUCGUGGAGGAGAUGAAGAGCAACGGCCAGACGGUCAUUGAGGAGAAGAGCUUGGUGGACGCCGUGUACGCCUUAAAGGAUGAAGUCCACGAGCUGAAGAAGGAGAACAAGUGGAUGAGACAGUUCCUGGAGGAGGAGCAGAAGUCCCGCAAAGAUCUGGAGAGGGCAGUCCGAAAACUGGCCAAGCAGAAGAACGACUGCACCUGGGAUGAGGGGGUCGGCCAUUGAACACACACACACACACACACACACACACACACACACACACACACACACACACACACACACACACACACACACACACACACACGUCACUCCAUAGCAUGUUAUAUUAGCAUAAUGCUAGCUGACCAAUGAAAGGCGUGUCUUAUUGUGUGCAGUCCUGGAAGAUACACACUUCCCAUUGGUCAGCAUCUUUAGCGACUGGACGUGAUGUCAUCACCAGAUCAAGUGAUUUUGGAAAAAAAAAAAAGCUUGCAUAUUAUAAGUAAAAAAAAACAAAAAAAAAAA